UUAAUUGCCUUUCUUGGGUUUUGUUUAUCAUAAUAAAAAACGAUUUUAUUAUCUGAUGUUUUCAAAGUAUGGCCAUAUUCUGUUUUGUAUUAGGUAUGUGUUCACAUUGGAUGUGACCUUUGUUUCUCAUGUCCCCGGUCUCGAUCUGGUCACAUUGCUCGUGUUACUGGAGAAUAUUCUUACUCUUGAUUUCUAAGCAAAGUAUUUCCAAAUUCUAAAAUGUGGAGAGUUUUAGCAUUUCAAUUAAUCACUUUUGGAAGUUUUGCUGCCGGACAAAAUUUUGCUAAUCUGAGCUAUCGUGAAGUAGAACAAAAGAUAUUGGAAAGUCUCUUAAAACCUCCCUACGAUAGCCGAAUUCGGCCCAUGGAUUCAACGAGGUCCAACGAUUCUACAGGAACGCUGGUGACGAUCAACAUGUUUAUAAGAAGUUUCGAUUUUAUUGACGAUGUCAACAUGCAAUACGGGAUUCAACUAACAUUUCGUCAACAAUGGAAUGACAAUCGGUUGCGUUUUACAAAUUUUAAUCCUCCUGCGAAACUAAAAUAUCUCACGUUAUCAAGAGCAUCUCCUAUUUGGACGCCCGACAUAUUUUUCUCCAAUGAAAAAACAUCACAUUUUCACGAUAUGCUAGUUCCGAACACUUUUGUAAGAGUAUUUCCUAACGGAGACGUCUUGUACAGUGCGAGAUUGUCAAUGACGCUGUCGUGUCCCAUGCAACUGAAAGCAUUCCCUUUUGAUUUUCAAACGUGCUACUUGAGAAUGGCUAGCUAUGGAUAUACAACGGAGGACUUGGUGUUUCGGUGGCAGGAUAACCCACUCCAACUCACACCACACCUUGAACUGCCGAGAUUCUCGUUGGAAAAAUUUACCACGGAAUAUUGCGAUAGUACAACAACAACAGGAACAUACAGCUGUAUCGUCAUGAAAUUUGGUAUGAGACGAGAUUCGAGUUAUUACAACUCUCAAAUUUUUAUGCCAUGCGCCAUGUUGGUCGUUAUCGGCUGGAUGUCAUUCUGGAUAAACCGGUACGAACCUACGGCACGGCUUGUCGUACUGAUCGCAACCUUACUCGUGAUGGCGACACUUAUCGGAGGAUUUAACGUGACCGUGCCAAAAGUUAGUUACACCAAAGCGAGCGAUGUGUGGACAGUUUCCUGCUUCCUUUUCAUAUUUCUGGCACUUUUCCAAUACAUUAUCGUCCAUUAUUUGACAUCCUGUGAAACACGAAAACCUGACGACAAAGAUAAAGUGGGUGGUGAGCAUCAAAGUUUGGUUGGUGGCGAUUCGGCAUCCCCACAAGCACAGAAUAAUGACGUAGAGUUAUCGAAUUUGGAUAACAAGUCGGUAAGAAACAGGAGAGAUCCGGAUGUGGACAAACUCUUCAAAUUUUAUGAGUACUGGACUUGGUCCUGGUUUAAGAAACAGCCCAUCGGACACCAGGUAGAUUUAGGCUUUAGGUUUGCCUAUCCCUUAGCCUUCUUCAUUUUCAAUCUUUCCUACUGGCCACAAUAUUAUGCUGAAGCGACUGUAAAAUAGAAAAUAGUCGCAAUUAUGUACGUCUGGUAACAAAUAACAUAAUUGAGCAUGUCGUGUGUUUGAACCAGUUUCGUUCGUGUAAGUAAUGACUUGUAAAUGAUGAUUGUUGUAUCGUAAUUCAUGAUUGAUGAUGAUUAUGUAAUUUUAUAGUGAAAUGACGUGUUCAGUAAUUUUCGGCAUGAGCUGGAUAAAGUUUAGCAUUGUGCUUUUACAUAUGUAUUAUUAUUGCCAUUAUGUUCUGCUCAAACGAGAGAUCUAAUAUAGUAUAGAAUGGGACGCUGUGUUUGGUAAAUAUUUGAGCAAAUUUCAUGUAAAUUAAUGCACUUAAGAAAAUGCAAUAAAAUAUUAAACGAAUGAAAAAGUGAAAA